CCAGUCAUCCAGUCAACCAGUCAACCAGUCAACUAUUGACUCCUCCGCCUCCCACCUACGGAGUACAGUACAUAUAAAGAUUCGACUUUGGCACCAAUUUCCCCCAUCACGCCGGAUUUAUUGUUCCUCCGUGACUCUCUCCACCACCACCACGCGUACCUGCACUACUUGCUACUACUUGCGCUUGCACUCGCGCUUGCCCGUUCAUUGCAAUUUGACGCGUCCUGUUACCUCACACGUGAUCAUCGAAUCACACCAGAUCCCCAAGACAAUUUUCCACGUGCAGAAAAGCAGCCAGGCCCCAAAGUUCCAAGCCCCAACCUCUAAUCCCUCGAUUCGAGUCGCGACUUUUCUGGCCUCAGCAGCUAUUUCUCCCGAUCAAUCAGUCUCUUUGUGGGUCGAAAUGUCGUCGCACAUACGGAAAAUCCAUCGAAUGACAUAGGACCGGAACAUCAUACCCUGGUCCAUUCCAAUUCCAAUCCUAGUACCCAAUCUGCAGCCGGGGGAGCACCAAUAUUCACUACAUAGCACGUCCCCCAAGCAAUGACUGGCCGACACGAUCCUAGCGAGAGUCACGACUACCGGCCAAAAAGCCCAGACUUGAGCCAAUUCACACAACCUCUCCCACCUCCCGCUCGAUUAUCUCGAAUUCCAUCAAAUCCAUAUCCUGUCAACACCGGCCAUCCUGUUGACUCUUCUCAUCCCUCUUCUGGUAUUCCUGGAUAUUCUUUCUCCCCUCGAGGCUCCUACGACGCUUCACCCUAUUUCUCCCCUCAGACCACCUCGCCUUCAUCGUAUUUUCCCAAACCCCACGCCCCACCACCACAGCAGCAACAACAACAACAACACUAUUCGCCCCAGUCAUUUCGAACUCCAAAUCAGCCCCAAUUUCAACCACCUCAACCUCAACCUCAACUACAAUCACAAGCAUCAGGUCGAUAUUUUAACCAACAACCCCCCGAAUACUCUUCUCAUCAGGACUCUAGAUCAUAUCCACAAGGGUAUCAGUCUAACAUAGCUCUUCAUCACCAAGAAUUCCAAUACCCUCCCCAACAAGCCUUGACUUACACGCAACCCGGUGGUCAAUACGACGAUAUGGCCCGCACAAGAUCAAGUCGAAAUACCAACGACGCUGACUAUAGGCCCACUGCUCAAGCACCACCCCCCAUCAAGUCGGAACCUAUCCAACAGAUGCAGCCUCAAGCACCGCCUGCUCCAAUGGAUCCGACGCUGGGUAUCGAUGUCCGAACCAAAUUUCCCGUUGCUCGCAUCAAGCGAAUCAUGCAGGCGGAUGAAGACGUGGGCAAGGUCGCCCAGGCCACUCCCACGGCAGUUUCAAAGGCGUUGGAGCUCUUCAUGAUUGCUCUAGUAAGCAAGGGAGCCGAGGAAGCUAGAGCUAGCCAUUCGAAACGUGUGACGGCACAACAUCUCAAGACUGCGUUGAUGAACGAUGGCCAGUUUGACUUUCUCACUGACAUCUGUGAAAAUAUCCCCGAGGAAGGGUCGAAGAAAGGGCGUGCCAAGUCCGAGCCCAGAACCGAUAGUGACGAAGAAGGGCUUCCCAAAAAGAAACCAAAGGGAUCCAAGAAGAAGAAAGCCGACACCGACGACGACACCGACUGAAAUCAUCAUUGCGAUCCUUGCAUGCAUUCCUGGAUUGCACGACCUAUUCUUGUAUGAGAUAAGAGGAUAUCUCGGCUUGACGAAUUUUAUCAUCAAAUCUAUCCAGCAAUAACGGUGACAGAACAGCAAGCUGGACGCAUAAGCGUUGGUCCUGAUCCUCCACUUCAAUGAACAGAAAGCUGUCAAGCUGCCGCACACUUUCCCCGCAAAAGCCCGUUAUCCAUACACAUGUGAAAGAGCAUUAAUCGCGCCAUGGCCAUGGGGCUUGCUUGAGGACCGCGAGCAUAAUUAUCAGGCCAAAGAAACUGGUAACACCGACGGCAAUCCAUCCCACUGUCGGAGAGUACGCCACCACAACCAAGCCUAGAAUGAUGAAGGCGCCAAUAACGAGUCCACCCAUGAAGGCACUGGCCGUCACCGCAUACAUUUGUACAGCCCAUCGGCUUGUUCUUCCGUUAUAUCCAUCCCAAUCUGCAACCCAACGCUUUUUGUAGAAGGUCAGCAAGGUGGAACCAAGUGAGCCAAAUGCCAUGGCAAGAAGGAACAACAACCAGCUGACUGCCAGAAAUGAGUGAAUCUCGUCCAAGGAGAAGGUCGGGUUGAGGGCUCUGGGAGCCUGGACGUUGCUGGAGAGCACGUAGGAAAAGGUGACACUUGUGCCGAGAGUACUGAUGCCGACGAUGGUCGCGAAUAGGCCAUUGAAGAAGGAUGCUACUGAGGCUCCCGAGUGGGUCGUCAUGGGUUCGAUGCGACUGAGAGUGUGACCAUUCUCUGAGAAAAAUCCUGUAUUCGUGGGGUACUGCUGGUUCUCUAGGCCAAUCUUGCCCUGGUUGGCCUGUUGCUGAGACAUAGAAUAAUCCAUAUUCUAAUGAUUGGUGCUUCGUGCUCCGGCCGC